AUGGUGAUACAGCAAUCUGGAAAUGCCUACAAUUCUUCCUUUCCGCUUGUCCUUGGGUCAGCCAUGUGUGAGCUUGGCAAUGGCACCCACAUUUCCUUGUGGUUUGACAAAUGGGUUGGGAGCAAAAGGCUCAUGAUCUCCUUCCCAACACUAUUCUCUUUCGCUAAAGCUAAAUUUUGCACGAUGGCAUCUCAGUUCCAAGGAGGGCACUGGGAAAUCCAACCACAUCCAAACCUUUCUGCUUCGGCCUCAAGGGAGCUUGAGGCACUGAUGGAGUUGCUCAACGGCAUUGAGCCACAUGACACUGAAGUUGGCCUUUGGGCAUUGGCCAAAUCUUCCCAGGGACUCCAUGAUCUCUUCCUCUCUGCCGCGGCUUGCAACUUGUUUGGUCAGCUACGACACAUCUUUGCGGCGCCAUGCUCGCGUGGUUUCUUUAUGGACGGCCCGGAACGCGCUAGGGUGUUUGAGACCGCGGCUCGAAUGCUAUCUGAAUUGGCUGAUCUUGUCAAGCUUUGGAGCUCGCGAGAGGAAGACAGGCAUGCCAUGAUGUCUUGGGUUGAUUCUCUGAGAUAG